CUCUAACACACGAAACCCGCUCAUUUCUUUUCUCACUUUUGUCUUGUUUUCCCUUCUCUCUCCUCUCUCUCUCAUUGAAAGCACAACUAACCUCUCUCUCAUCAACGCACUUUCUCUCUCUAAAACAAAACGGAGCUCCGUUUGAUUUCACUCUGAGGAGGCAAUUUUGCUCGCAAAUUUCGCGAGUAGACGUGCUUGUGGGACUGAAAACAUUCAAGUGUUGUCUUCUCUCUUUUAUGACAGUUUUGGCAUUGUAUUUGCACAAUGCCAUUCAGACAAAUGGACCAGAAGGAUGCUGCCAAGACCUCAAGCGUGUUCAAGGAAAUUCAUAUCCUUUCUGAGGGGGAAACUGAUUCUCAAAAGCAUAAUAACCUGGCUGAUAAGCAUGUUAUAUCAGCGAAAGAGGAUGCUCAACUUCAGCAAUUAACUGAUUCUGGUGAGUCAUACGAAGGUGAACCCUUGACAGAGACUAAAGAAAGUGAGGCGCAUAGUAUUGGCAAUCUCCUUCCCGACGAGGAUGAUCUUUUUUCUGGAAUAAUUGAUAAGUUAAGAUGUGGCACUCGUUUGGAUGGUAGCGAAGAUGAAGAAGAUCUUUUUCAAAGUGGAGGUGGCAUGGAAUUAGAGCCAGAGAAUUGCUUAAACUAUCAUCAUCAGAACGGCACAUAUACUAACGGAGUUCUUAAUGGUGAAAGACAUUCAAAUGGUUCGAUUGCCAGAACACCCUCUUAUAAUGAGCAAUUUUCUAGGACACUUAUUGUAAGAAAUAUCAAUAGCAGUAUUGAAGAUUCUGAUUUGAGGUCUCUUCUAGAGAAAUUUGGGGACGUUCAUUCUCUGAACACAACUUGUAAACACCGAGGCUAUGUCGUUGUUUCUUAUUUUGAUAUAAGGGCAGCUUGGGGUGCAAGGAACUCACUACACAAUAAACCGUCGGGACACAUGAAUCUUGAUAUACAGUACUUGAUCCCAAAGGAUGAUCCUUUGGAGAAAGUUAUUAAAGCAGGCACACUUGUGGUAUAUAAUCUUGAUGCCCUAACGCCCAAUGAUAAUAUUGGCCACAUCUUUGGUAGUUUUGGAGAGAUUAAAGAAAUUGGGGAAACACUGGAGUGUAAUAAGUUUAUUGAAUAUUAUGAUAUUCGAGCAGCGGAAGUUGCUUAUCGCACAUUAAAUUGGAGCACUAUUGCAGGAAAGCAGAUCAAACUUGAACUGGGCCGGGAUAGACAAUUUUUAGUGCCGCAGCUCCAUCCUGUGCUUGCACAAGAUGAACGCAGUCAUCGUGGAAGCUUUGAAGACAGAUCAUCAUUGGAACUAGCAGCUUUUGCAGGAACACUUCGUCCUUCCCUGAUGUCACCUAGCCGUUUAUAUGGUGGAUCUGUUGGUAAAUUACAUCCAAAAAGUGAUAUGACCAUUGGUGCUUAUAACGAUAAUGCCUUCUCCCAAGGUAAUUUCAGUGUUCCAGGAAGCUUUCCUGUGAGGGUUGCAACUGGUGAUCGGUUUGUGCUUCAUGAGCCAAGGCAUCCUAUGGAUCAAGAGAAUUUUAGUAACUCACGUCCUGCAAGUCACAAUCUCCAUUCCCUCCCAGAUUAUUAUAAUGGUUCAGCCCAUGGUAUAUCAUACAAUUCCUUUAGCAGUGCUGCAGACUCGUCAAUUGAUGCUAAUCCUAGAAUAUUAGAAGGCAUAAACGACCGAAACGUUUAUAUCAUGGACCCUAAAGGCCAGCAAGCAGAGCCUCAUGUUGGAGUUUUUGGCUCUUCCUGGACGAGUGGUUGCAGCAUUCCUGAAGAUUACUAUAUAAAGAGAAAUUCCAACUCGUUUCAGCAAUUUCCAACAAGUCCCAUGGGUUGGACCAAUUCAUUGCCACUUGCCAAUGGUACUCAAAAGCUACCUGGGUUGUCUAGAUCGUCAACUAAUGUGCUCAACACGGUUUCUCACUCACAUGACAUGAUGAAUAAAGUUUCUCAUACUCGAUUAUACCAUGACGGAUCAUUACCAGUCUCUAAUUUGUCCCGUUGGAACAAUGAACAUGCAUACAUGGAGUCUAUUGGAAGACUUGGACUCCACAAUAAAGUAUCUGACAUUGCUCCUCGUAACUAUUUGCAUGAUGAAAAUCACAUUGGCAAGUUCAUCAACUCUACCAUGAGCCCUCCUCAACGUUUAUCUGAUUUUGUUCCUGGAGUAAAUUUAGUUGCCUCAGCACCGACCUCUUUCGGCGCUCCAAAAGAACGAAUGAGAAACCAAUCAAAUUGGAGAAGUGAAGCUGACUCUUGUCAUGCUGAUAAGAUGAAGUACGAACUUGAUAUUGAUCGUGUGCUACGUGGAGAAGACAGUCGAACUACAUUGAUGAUAAAGAAUAUUCCAAACAAGUAUACUUCAAAAAUGCUCCUGGCAACAAUUGAUGAACAGCAUCGAGGGACUUAUGACUUCAUUUAUCUUCCAAUUGAUUUCAAGAACAAGUGUAACAUGGGUUAUGCUUUCAUUAACAUGACCGAUUCACUUCAAAUUGUACCAUUUUAUAAGACAUUCAAUGGCAAAAAGUGGGAGAAGUUUAACAGUGGGAAAGUCGCUUCUAUUGCAUAUGCAAGAAUCCAGGGGAAAUCUGCUUUAGUUGCCCAUUUUCAGAAUUCAAGCUUGAUGAAUGAGGACAAGCGGUGUCGCCCUAUUCUCUUUUGUACUGAAGGUCCAAAUGCUGGUGACCAGGAGCCAUUUCCUCUUGGAACCAGUAUCCGAUCCAGGUCCAGUAAACCUCGAAGCACUUUUAACGACGAGAACCAUAAUCAAGCAAGUCCUUCAAGUUUUGUAAGAGGGGAUGUUAUUUCCAGCGGGGCAAGCUCCCUGUCAAGUUCAGUGAAGGAUACAUUUUGAUUAGCCUACCAAACUGAUGCAUUAACUUUGUGGAUCGAGCAGAUCACGCCUACCUCAGUUCUGUACAUCUAUGGUGGCCUGAAUCCAUUUUUGUUGUAGUUAAUACCUAAAAAUUUUGUGAACAGAAAACCUAACUUGAAUUGAACUAGCAAGUCCCUUUUUCCGACAGUUCUAUGUAACUUAUUGACCAGCUAAUUAAACUGGCUAACUGGCUUAGCAUAGAGCUCAAAAUUUUGGCAUUGUCUGUUUUUACAUAUGAGCUAUGUUAAAUGGUAAUAUUAUCAUUUGGUUAUA